AUGAACCCUCACCAGAAGAACAAGGUCGACAUCAAUUCGCUCUCACCGGAUGAGCAGCGUCUCUUCCGCCUCUACGGCAAGCUGCCCUCCCGAUCCGACCACUUCGCCAAGCACCUCAAGGACCGCAAAUACUUCGACUCGGGCGACUAUGCCAUGUCCAAGGCCGGCAAGGGCGACGGCGUGGACGCUGGCGCCGUAGGCUCGCAGCACCCCGUCCCCGAGAACAUCCCCCACCUGACGUCUCCCACCAACGGCGGCCCCAACGCCCCCGGACACACUCACCGCGGUUCGAUCCCAGGCAUCCAGGCUGGCAGCCCCGUCAAGGAGGGCAGCUUCUUGAACAGAGAGACGUCGGCCGAGGGCCAGGUAACGCUCAGCGGCGACGAGAAGAAGGACCAGGAUCAGCCAGCCGAGGGCGUCGAGGCCAAGCCUGUCGUCGCCGGACUUACCUCAGCGCCCAUUGCUGCUGGAGAGGCCAUGCCCCUUCGACAAUAA